CACUAUUUACCUGUACCUGUAAAUCAAAAUAAGUUAUAAGUAAAUAAAAUAACUUGCUUUUGAAGCUUGUUGCCUUAAAUUGAAAAGUAAACAAAGAUUAAUUUUGUUGUAAGUCAUAACUUAUGAAUGCUUUCGUGUAGUCUUAAGGUUAAAGUGAUUGAAAAAUAUCAUAACUCUUCACGUUAGUAAUAAAAAACUUGCGAUUAGUAAACAUAUUGCUUAUUUUGAAAUGACACAUUUCCAGCCGGGAAAAAGAGAAGCAGGUAUUCCAAUUGCAGCUAGCUCGCCAUUCCGCAAAUCUCGUUUGGUCUGCAGCUAUGGAGAAAACUGCUACAGGAAGAAUCCAAAUCAUUUUGUUAUUUACUCUCAUCCACACCUGGAGGACAUGCUGGCAGAUCAAAUGGACGCUAGCACCUUGAAGAUUCCACCUGGUUUUCAGACUAAACUUGAUGCGUCUCUCGUUCUGAUCCAGCUGCAGAUGAUACAGGACCUUGCUAAAUCAUCUGACUCUCCUUCGGCAAAGAAAAAAUGUUUCGACUCUACACCUGCUGCAAGCAGUGUCUCGAGUGGUAACACAACUAACACUAGGCCUUUAGAGACAUCUUCAGAUAAGCGAGAUGGUAAACGAAAUGGAGACGGUAGUGCAGCUGGUAUGGGUAGUCAAACUGUGUCGAGGACGUCCAGUUCUCAUUCGGAUGGAGAUGUUACUCCUAAAAGAAAAUACGGUAAAGGAAAAAAUGAGGAGGCGAGUAAAACUGUGUCUCCUUUGUCUCCGGCAAAUUCCUCCGUUCCUGGUCAAAGCUCGAGUGUGACCAGGGUUUCCAACAGUGGAAGUGAUAGUAAACAGUGUGCGGACAAGAGGACUGCCCCGCCACCCCAGCAGGUGUCGGAAGAGGAACGCCGGAGGCGGCUCAACGACUUGAAGCAGUUGCUGCCCGGGGCGUCGAACUUCGGCGACCCCGCGUCGAAGCUGAGAGCCGCCGAGCCGUACGGCCUCUUCCUCACCACCGUGAAGGCCUCUGUGCCGACCCACGCCGAGCCGCUGUCGAUGACGUUCUCCGAGCUGCUGCACCCAAGUCUGGGCGACCUGGAGUCGUCCUUGCAGAUCAACUUCAUGGUCGAUCUGGGUUGGUUGAUGGCCAACUACUACGUACACGGCCACAGUAAAAAGCCUCUGCUCAUUCUCCACGGGGAAGAUACUGAUGAUUUGAGAGACCCCAAGAAGUUGCCAAUGCACAUAAAAGCAGUUCGAAUAAAAACUCCUCACCCAUUUGGGCAUCAUCACACUAAAAUGACUUUGCUACGCUAUUCAGAUGGAAGCCUGCGUGUUGUAGUGAGCACAGCAAAUCUCAUUGAGUCAGAUUGGGAAAACAGGACGCAGGGGCUGUGGGUGAGCCCGGCGUGCCCCGAGCUGCCCCGGGGCUGCGACACGGGCGCCGGGGACUCCCCCACGGAGUUCAAGGCGGACCUGCUCAGGUACCUGGCCGCCUACCGCCUGCCCCAGCUGCAGGAGUGGGUGGGCAGGGCGCGUCGGGCGGACUUCUCUGCGGUCAGGGUGUGCUUCGUGUCGUCGGUGCCCGGCACGCACCGCGGCGCGGAGCUGGAGAGGUGGGGGCACCGUCGCCUGGGGGCCCUGCUCCGGAGGCACGUGGCGGGGGCCGCGGACGGCCGCUGGGACGUCGUCGCCCAGUGCUCGUCCGUCGGCAGCCUGGGGCCCGAGCCGGAGUCCUGGGCGUGCGGGGAGCUGCGCGCCAGCAUGGCGCAGCGGGCCGGGGCCAGCCUCGCCUUGCAGUCGGCCCCCCAGUUCAGAGUGAUUUACCCAAGUUUUCGUAAUGUUGCCAGCAGCUGUGACGGACUUCUUGGAGGUAGUUGCCUUCCGUACUCAAUGAAGACACAUCAGAAACAAACAUGGUUCACGCGAUUUCUGCACGAGUGGAAGAGUGCGGGGCGGCACCGCUCCGAGGCGAUGCCCCACAUCAAGACGUACGCCCGCGUGUCGCCGUGCGGCGGGGAGCUGGCGUGGUUCGUGCUGUCGAGCGCCAACCUGUCCAAGGCGGCGUGGGGGUCCCUCAGCAAGGCCAAGGGGAAGGUGUCCGCCGAUCCCGGUCUCUACGUCAUGUCCUACGAGGCCGGGGUGCUGUUCCUGCCCAAGUUUCUGGUAAAUGACAGUGUUUUCCAUCUCGGUGAAGAAAGGAGCACCACCGUGCCUCCAUUCCCAAUGCCAUACGACUUGCCUCUGUUGCCGUAUGGUCCACGGGAUAAACCCUGGGUCGUGGAGUACCUUUCAGAAUGAGACGGAGAUUGUCGCAUCAGUGUCUUCCUGUAAUAAUCAGUUGUUACAUCAUAAUGGUUGUUACCCAGUUUAACUUCUGUGAUCUGUAAAUAGUAUUUUAUUGUAAGCUCUAUUUGUGCUCAUUAUUUUUUAUAUACAUUUAUCUAGGAGCAUGUCAUGUAAAAAUAUUUUAUGAUUAUUUUGAUGAAUAUUUUAGCAAUGUAUUUAUUUUACCAUUUGCAUGUAAAUAAAUGUUUUGAUAAGUACAUACUUUAGU